CACAGCGUUCUUCUACUGUCUCUUUAAGACCAAGGAAAUCAAAACAGGAAGUGAAAGAAUAGGGGUCCGCUUCCUACUUGUGUCUACCAAAACAUCUGCUCGGUGCGUAAUGGGUGAGUCCGCUCGCUGAGGCGCACGUCUCCAUAGCGCACAGGCUCCGGUCUCUUCGGACCAUGCUGCAGCUCAACGACUCUGUGGAGCCCGGGAGCCCCGGGGCCGCGGUGCUCCAUCCCGCGGACACUGAAGAAGGGGUGGAGGUCGCCUUCACGCCGCCCCCCGAGGCCGGAGCUGCCCACAGCUUCGCCCGGGCCGCCUCGGUGGCCUGUUGUCCCCCGCUGCAAACGCUCAAGCCUUUCCACGUCCACAACCCCACGAUGCAAGCCAAAGUCAAGGACUACUUUGUGUUUAGGCCAGGAACCAUCGAGCAGGCGGUGAGUGACAUCCGGACCGUGGCUCUGCCCUCGGAGGACGGGGAGGUGCAGAGCGUGUGGCUGCUGGCUGAGGUUGACCAUUGGAACAAUGACAAAGAGAGACUGGUCCUCAUCACUGACCGGUCUCUCCUGGUCUGUAAAUACGACUUCAUAAACCUGUUGUGUCAGCAAGUGAUCCGAAUCUCUCUAAACGCAGUGGACACCAUUUCGAUCGGGGAGUUUGAGUUCCCUCCAAAAUCUCUCAACAAGAGAGAGGGGUACGGCGUGCGAGUGCAGUGGGAUAAACGACCUCGAGCUUCCUUCUUAAACCGCUGGAACCCCUGGUCCACAGACAUGCCCUACGCCACCUUCACCGAGCACCCCAUGGCCCGCGCCGACGAGAAGGUGGCUUCACUCUGCCAGCUGGAUAACUUCCGUGGCCAGCUGGUGCAGGCGGUGAAGAGGGCGCACAAGGAGAACCCGAUCCCCGGCCGGGCCAACGGCGUCCUGAUCCUGGAGCGACCGCUGCUCAUCGAGACCUACGUGGGCCUCAUGUCCUUCAUCAACAACGAGGCCAAACUGGGCUACUCCAUGACCCGUGGCAAGAUCGGCUUUUAGGCACAACGACACGAUCCGUCUGUGGUCGGGUUAAAGGUCCUACACUACACAAAAUGGAUUCUUGAGAGUUUUUAGUCAUGUUUUAAUGUUGUUGCCGCCUCAGAAACAGACCUGGAGUUGUGUUUUGUUCCAUUCACAUGUUUGAGUUAUUCUUAGUAUUAUUACUUAGCUUUUAAUGAAAUAAUGUUAUAAGGUCUUAUAUUACACAUAAUUGACUCUUGUGAGUUUUAAACCAUGUUAUGACAUACCUCAAAUACAGACCUGGAGCUGUGUUUUGUUUCAUUCAUAUAUGUCUGAGUUAGGACUGUCGCAAUAGCCCUAAUCACCGCGGUACUAAGAGGCCCACCGCGGUGGAUGUUGGGCCACUGCGACCACUGCACGUGACCAACGUGACCCGACCCAGAGUCCCACACAGGUCCAUUAACAUUUUACCCAGUAUCACCAAUGCCCAUGAUAACCCAGGACUAACCCAGGACUAAGGUGCACAACUGAAGACUAUCAGGUGACCGCAGGCGACAGGACCACAGAAGCUCCGCGCCGCACAGAGGUAAACGCAGCCGUCACCCUGCUCCAUGUGCUCUCUUAAGUCCGCGGGUACCAGACCUGGUGCAGGACUCUGACCCGACCUGGUGCAGGACUCUGACCCGAGCUGACAGUGAGAGCUGGAGAGGUGUAGUGGCACUUGUUCCAAAGCCAAAUGUUACUUCUCCCGUGCUACACACACUAUAUCCACACAACAACCAAGGUACAAGCGCAUCACUGGAGAGAGUUUUCAGUGCCGCUGGAAAUAUUGUAACUCCAGGGGAUGUGGGGUGGGGGAGAGGAUGCGGUAUCACCGCAUAUCGCGCUGUUGAGCUGCUAUACUGCACCACAGGAGAAAUUCCCUAACUGCGACAGCCCUAGUCUGAGUAACCCUUUACUAUUACUCUGUCUACAUCUCUAAAGCAAGGGCCAUAACUGGAGCUUUCACACCUCUGGAACUGACCUCAGUAUCGCUAUUGUUUCCUUUGCUUAUUUUGAUAAAGGUUUGAGGAUGGAGUUGUAAAUAGGAGAUAGAUGGUGUCUGAGUCCCCCAUUUCUGUUCAAAGAUGGAUUGUUUUUCCCAACAAAAAUAGCUUCUUUAACUCCCCUCUCAGUCUAAUUCUUUUCUGUGGCUAAGAUCUGUACCUCACUGUCCUCAAAAGAGUGGUCCAUGGCUUUCAGGUAGAGAUUUACAGAAGACUGAGGUCCUGUGUUGCUCUCUCGUCUGUGUUGGUACAUCCUCAUGCUUCCUGUAUUACCACGUGACAUCACAAGAUGGAACAGAGCGUUUUCCAUCUGAGAGAAGAACACAGCCUAAAAGUAAAACAUGUGUGAAUGAAACAAAAGACAACAAGAAACAACAUUAUAACAGGUCAGAAAGUAGCGUAAUAUAAGCAAUUGGAUAAAGGUGCACUAUACAACUUUUCGUCGGAGGAUCAGCCUUCCUCAUCUCUAUGGAGAUGUUACUGAUUUGUCUGGAACGUUACACGGUAUGGCAUUAAACUAUAUUUCCAUGGAGAUGAGCAGGUGACGCCAUCAGCCCAAGUAACAACUCAGAGCUGUAGAAAGGAGAGCCCGCUCACAGUAAGAAUACAUGUUUUUCCAAGGUAUUUCUAAGCAAUACAAACACCUGCAGUUGAAUAAAUGUCAGAGAGGUAUGUUUAAUGCCGUACUGAGGAACAUUACAGGCAAAGCAAUAACAUCUGCAUGCAGACAAGCCACCAGAAAAGUUACAUAGUGCACCUUUUAGUCUGCGCUAAGGAUUGGUUUCACAAACUAUUAUAAGAUUUAAACUCUGAGUCUGUUACCAUCGUUACUGAACUGUGUGAAGAUACCCGGGGCAGGAGAACAACAACACUGGGAAUUCUGUUUAGUUUAAAUGCUGCGUUCAUGUCGUCCUACACCGGGCAGUACCAGAAAGACCAAAGAAAAGAGUGAAGGGGAGAUGGAGUGGCAGCGUCUGAGGGUAUAAAAGAACACUGUGAUUGGGCAAACAGGGAUCCACACUUCAAACUCUGCCCUCCGUUUGUAAUUAAACAUCUGGCUGUGAUCAGGACAGUCAUGCAUGAUGUCACCAACUACAUGAAAUGGCCACUGGAGCCAACCCAGAACACACACAUUUUUAAAUUUUAACCACGAAGCUGCAAAUUUACCUAGUUUGUGGUAAAAGUGACAAAAAUUGACACAGGAACAAUCGAUAAUUCUAUUCAAACUCCGUGUACAUAGUGAAGUAGCCACAAAAAGAAAAAGAUAAGAAAAAAAAUUGCUAGAGUACAUUUAUGGGUUUACUGCAGGAAUCUAUAAUUAGUUAUAGUUAGCAGUUAAUAGUAACAGAUUUGAACAAGAAAAAUACAAAUGUAAUGUUAAAGUGCAUAUGACAGGUUUUUAUAACUCUCUAAUUUUGACUCGGUUUGUUGGGAUAAUACCUGCUGUAAACAUAAAUUAUAAUUUUAAACCAACCAAGAAGGAAUUUGUGAAGAAAACUUGAAAAAUGUACAAAGUAGAAAGUUCUAUAAUCUAUAAUCUACUAAUUUCAUUCACAAGUUGUGGAUAAAUUUCACAUAAGAAACACAUUUCUUUAUAUUUGCAUUUAUUUAGGCAAGAUAAAGUUGUUUUCUUAUAUUUUUAUUAGUUAAAUAAUAAUUUCUAUGUCCAUUAGUGGAGUUUUUGAUUGGAAGUAUGAUUUUAAACCUAAAAAACUGCCAAACUGAGCUUUUUUUUUUUUUUCCUUUUUACUUUUUUUUUAAAGUAAAAUCUUAAACAUAAUGAUCUUAACUUUAGUGAAACAUUUAGUUCAACCUGUCAUAAUCACGUUAACCAGUCGGCUACAUAAUACAAAUAAUGUUUAGCUUUUGAAAAAGGCUAACAAAACAAAUCUUACUGUUUCACUUUAAUAAACACUAAUAAUGGGCAGACUCCCGAGAACCCGAGGACCACAUGAACGCAGCAAAAGUUCAGAUUAUCAGUAAAUUUCUUUUAACAUUUAUAAACAAAUUGACUAUUUAAAUGUAGCCUAGAGUCAUUUAUAUUGUAUUAAUUUAUUAUUUCAGAUUGCAAUACUUAAAAUGUCUACUUUAUAAUGUUUAUUCAGAUUAUACAACAGGUUUGUGUGCAAUAUUCUGCUCUUAGACGGCGGCAGAGAGAAACAGGAGAAAUGACAGAAUGCAUGAAAUGGUCAGUGUCGGUCUGUUUUAAGUUUCUGUAAUGAUUUUACUGACCAUCUGCUGAAGUUAAGCAAACUCAGGGGUGUAUUCCCAUUGUGAGGUUGAACACUACAACUUGGACGUAGCAGUGAUCAUGGUUAUGUUAUAGAUCUGAAUUGUGAAAGUGAAAAAAAAAGUAACACACUCAGAUGGCUGAUGUUCAAAAGAUUUUUUUUUUUAAAUAACGGUUUGAAAAAAAGCCUUCAUCAGAUUAUUUUUCAUGCUUUGGACCACUAGUCAGGCUGGUGCCACUUUGUGUCUCCGCUCAAUUUAAUUUCUCUCCACCGACUAGGUCAGGAAUUGGAAUAUACUCAAUGGUUUGCAUAAAGACCGUGCACCGGCCAAUCAGUGAAGAGCUGUGAAGCCAUGACUGGGUCCUUUUUGUGGUUCAGCACAAUGGAUGUAGACAAAGACAGACAUUCUGUGUUGGCAACGAUUCCCAAGAUCGAGGAUUUAAAGUCGGAACAAAGAGAAUGUUUGGUGAAUUUUAUUAAGGGGAAAGACGUUAUUGCCCUUCUUCCUGUGGGAUUUGGCACAUUAAAUACGUCACGACCAAAUAGCAGCGACUGGUUAAAUAAAAAAAGUAUCCGCCUACAGUCGAGCGAACGAAUUCUAAUGUUGCGAGGUCAGACGGUUUCCACGAAGUGAAACCAGCUGAUGAAUGGACCACAGUAGGCAUGAAAAAUGAUCUGAUGAAGGGUUUUUUGCUGAAACGUUAUCUAAAAAAGCAUUUGGACAUUGGCCAUCUGAGAGUGCUAUACAUUUUUUCACUUUUAUAUUGCUUUAUAUUGUUCCUUGGAUUUGCACCUCUACAAGAACUUUGGUGUGCAUUUUCUGUUUCAUUUGAUAGAUCUGAAUUGUCAAAUCAGACGACGGGAGCUCAGUGCGCAUAUCUGGUUUCAAAAGUUUUACAAAUGACGCGGGAUGUAACAAUAACUGAAAUUUCAUGGUAUCGUAUAGUCAAAGUUCUCACAGUAACAUCAUGGACCAUGACAAUAUACCGAAUUACAAGUCUCUUUGAUUAAAUUAAGAGUUAUGGUGCAGCAAUAGCUAAAAAAAAGACAGAGGGAACUACAUAGACCAUGAUCCUUUGCUCCAUUUCAGUGCAGACUACAAGAAGAAAUAACAGUUCUAAGAUAACCACAAAAUAUCGCAAUAAAUAUUGUACCGAGAGAUUUGGAUAUUGUUACAUCCCUAAUCGUGAGUCUCCCCACCAUAUCAUGAGCUUUCCCACGAUAUCGCAAUAAAUAUCGUACCGUGAUGUUCCUAACGUGAUGAUAUCGUAUCGUGAAACUUCGAUAUCGUUACAUCCCUAUAAAUUACACAUUUUUACACGUGGAAACUUGCCAUUACCUACCCCACGACUCCUCCAGGCAUUUCAAACUCUUCAUCCAUCCAUUUUCUUCCGCUUCUCUGGGGCAGCAGUCUAAGCAGGGAUCCCCAGACUUCCCUCACCCCAGACACUUCCUUCAGCUCUUCCAGGAGGCGCCAGAACAGAUGCUCCUCAAACUCAAGCACUUAAUAAUAAUUUUAAUAUUAUUUUUGCGAGAAAAUUGUGCGCAUUUAACUUGAGACCGUUUCCCCUAACGACAGUGCCAUCUGUGUGUUUGUUAAUAUCACUACUAAAGGUGCACUGUGGAACUUUUUUGGUAGAGUCCAUCACCUGUUUGACUCUAUGUAGAUGUUUGUGUUUUCCCUGGAAUGUUCUACAGUACGGCAUUUAAUCUAACUAUCUCCACGGAGACAAACAGGCCAGGUUACAGGUCAGAUCUGUGGAGAAGUGGGUUGACUCACAGUAAAAAUGGAUAAAUGGAAGAUAUAUUUGUUUAAUGCCAUGCUGUGGAACAUUCGAGGCAAAGCAAUGACCCAUGACCCAAGCAGAUGGCGGACACUCCACGAGAAAAGUUACACAGUACAUCUUUAAAUUACUCUAGCCAGCCCAUUUCAAACCAACCCCUUUCUGGGAGUUUUACAGCUUGUGCAUAAAACAUGUCUCUUUUUUACAAGCCAAUAACAGGGUUCCCAUUCUUUUUCACUGACAACAUUUCCAAACUUCUCCAUGACUUUUUCUAGCGAGGCUGGCGACACCUAGUGCCUCCGCUCAAUUUAAUUUCUCUCCAGCAACUAGGUCAGGAAUCAAAACACACUAGACGGUUCGCAAAAACCCCAGAAGUGCGAGUUUGGGCACCAGCCAAUCAGCGAAGACCCAUAUAUUCUGUGUUGUCAACGGUUCCCGAGAUCGAGGAUUUAAAGUCGGAUUUAUUGCCCUUCGUCUUGUGGGAUUUGGAAAAAGCUUAAUACACGACCAAAGAGCAGUGAUUGGUUAAAUGAUAAAAAGUACCUGCCUACCGUCGAGCAAGCGAACACUGCGAGGUGAAUCAGGCUAGAAUUUUUCAUGACCUAAAGUGAAUUUUCCGUGACUUUAUCGCGCCUACAUGUGUAGAACUGAUCAGACUUUUAGACCUAAAUAUUAAAUGUUAACUCUUUCCACUCACCUUAUGGGUUGGUAUUAUAAUGAUUAACAUUCUUCUAUUAACAUUGUCUCUUUUAUACAGAAGGCGCAGACGUUCGGAAAUAAUCAUAAUAGCCUAAUGAGAACUUAACAGAACGCUGUAGUUGCGUGAAAGAGGUACUAAAAUUCCAUGACUUUUCCAGGCCCGGAAAUUGCAUAUUUAAUUUCCAUGACUUUUCCAGGAUUUCCAUGAGCGUGGGAACCCUACAGUAAAAAAUGAAAAAGAUUAUAUUGUAUUCUGGAUGUCUUGGGAGGCAAAUAACACCAAAUGGCUUUAAGUGAAAUUGUCCAUAGCAUUAAAGGUGCACUGUGUAACUUUCUGGUUGGAGGUUCGUCACCUGAUUUGUAACUUCUCUACCUGGAAUGUUCCACAGUAAGACAUUAAACCGCUCCACCUUACAUUUAUUCAAUUACAGGUGGUUUUAUAGCUCAAAAAUACCUAGAAAAACAGGGAUUCUGACUGCCUCUCAACAAAACUGACCUGUAACUUGGUCUGGUUUAGUUUCCAUGAAGAUAGAAAGCUUUAAUGCCGUACUGCGAAACAUUCCAGACGAAGCAAGAACACAGCAUUUGACGGACCCUUCGCCGGAAAGUUCCUCAAGGCACCUUCAAAUGAAACUGAUAAUUCUUUAUGUAAAAUGAGUACUUGUCUCACUCCAUGUCGCUAUAUUUGUACUACUACUACGUGUGUGCCUGUGUGUAUCGUGCCCCAGUCUGACUGACAAGCUCUAAAUAUUGAACUUUUAUGCAACCAAAGGAUUUUUUCAUGUCGAUGCUGUUGUCAGUGGAUGUGUCCUGCAUGGGGGUGACUGCAUGAGCGCUUUAAAAGAAUGUGCACUUUUGUAUGUCUGUUGUUACUCUAGUGUAAUGAAUUAAAACUACACUUACGGUUAUGUUUCAAUAGCUAUGGAUUUUAUGUAUGGAUUUAUCACUGUUAAAAGUAUGUUGACGUUUUUUUGGUUGCCUAGUUUUUGGAUAAUAAAUGCUGACGUUCUUGAGUCUUA